GGAGGGCUAGAGUGAGGAGCUCCGGCCGCUGGUGCCUGUGUUUGUGAUGAGAGUGAGUCACAUGUUUACGUAAUUGUCAAUGCAACUCUUGAAAAGCCCAUGUAUUUCUUAAUCCAACUGCUAAUGCAUCAAACACAAUUUACAUAACCAAACACCGCACCUACAUAUGUGUCUUUACGAUAACUGAACAAGAAAAGCUUAUGAGUGUACGCAUCUAUACGACCAUAUACGUCUAUGUACAUCUCCUUCCCCACCGGUGUCAAGAAAGUCCGUGUGUUUACAGCCACCUUCGAAGAGAUAAGAUUCUGUACAUAAACAAUCUUUUAACUGAAGCAGAAUUACAGUGAGAAGAAACACUCGAAUGAUGUUCAGAAAAAGAUCCUUCGCGGCAUAGAAGUGAUCAUGGAAAGCAUCAAGAGAAGGGACAUUAAUUCGAAACUCGCGGAACAGAGGAUACAGUUUCACAAGCAAAGUCUUUCGGAGGAAAAGCAAGAAGUGGGAACUAUCCAAAGGCGAGUCGAGAUCGUCCAUGACUAUUUCUCCACCGAGGCCGAGUGUUGCGUUCCGUCCGGGCUGAGUUAUUGCAAUACGUGCGAUUCUGGAACUUCCUGUUGCGUGUAUAUCAGUGACGAGGACGAUUCGAGUGACCCCACGUCCUCUUCUGUGGACGAUGCUGGUCACGUGAACAAGCGCGCGAAGAGAGAUGGAGGAGAACAAGAGGAGAAAGUGGAUUACGAUGAGGAGGAAGAAGUGGAAGAGGAGGAAGAUGAGGUUAUCAAUUUCUACUUAUCCGGCGAAGGGAUGGGCGAGGGCUGUGUGGAAGAGUACGUGUUCUAUGUCGAUGAUGAUGAUGGAGACGAGGGCGACGAAAAUUAUGAGGAUUUUCGAGAAGGAGACGAAGGAGAAGGGGAAUAUUAUGAAGAAGGAGAGGGCCGCUACGAAGAAGAGGAUGAAGAAGGAGAAUACGUUUUAGACGACGAAGAAGGGGAGUACUUUGUAGACAGCGACGAGGACGAAUGGGAGGAAGAGAUCGAGGAAGAGGAGCAGCAGCGGCAGAACCGGGCCAGGAGGUCGAGGGACCACUUUUUCCCUCGAUAUCAGGAGCCGCUCGAAGUCAUCUUAGAAAUCCUGGGCGAAGAAGGGGAAGAAGAAGAAGAGAAUCACAAUGACUCGAAUAAUAAAGAGGAGGAGGAGGAGGACGGCGGGAACGGCGACGAGGACCUCAUAACCUUCUCGAGUAGUAGUGACUUCAGCCCCGACAGUCUGGAGGAGGCUUCGGCGCGCAAAGCCAGAGACGACGUGACGAACCCAGCUGCCGAGGAGGACGCCAGCCACCUGACUUCCGAUGACACUCUGACGCCUCGAGAUACAAGUAUGGACGACUCUGAGACGAUAGCGUACUCAAGGUUACCCGAGGACGAGGAAGAAAAGGAGGAUAGGCAUCAGUCUUUCAUACAGAACCUGAUGGACGAACCUAUCCUCGAGGACUGCCCUCAGAUCAUCCUCCCGCGCCCCAGCCUCAUCAAAGCCUCCGAAGAGACCGACAGGGAGAAGUUACGAGCACUAACUUCGGAGAUUGAGGCGUACCUGAAGGAGACGACCAUGCUUCUGGAGAGCGCCACGACAUACACCUCUGCCACAAAGGGUCGUGAGAAAGGGUCAAAAGAGUCACCUGACGAAGGACAGAAAAUCGAAUCGCAGAAGUGUUCAGAUUCAGGCGCUAAGGAACCGUCCUCUGUGCAUGCAACUCUUCCUCUCAGAUCAGAUAAGCCGUCGAGAUCAACUGAACGGAAAAUCGAGGAACAAGCUCUGCCAAGUCCUCUCUCGACAACUGUACACGGGAAUUCAGAAACUACGCGUGCCAAUCAUCCCUCUAAUAUCGAGCCAAAGGAGGACCCGAAACAAACUCGCGUCGGGACAACUGACGUUCGCGUAAGCCCCUGCACAGCCUCAGUUGCUCACCAGAUUCCUAAGAUCAAGUCCGAACCCCCCGGAAACCUCGAGGGGGAUUCCCGGGGUCUGACAGCUUCCCAUGAGAGCCAGGUAAGUGAGGGAGAGCACAAGUUUCUCUUCAAAAGUGCAGCUACGGACGUCUCUCAUGCAUCCACGAGGCUCACCGAGAGUGCAGAUAUCUACCAGUCUCUUUUGGAAACACACAACCUGGCCGAGACCGAGUACUAUUCAGCAGUAGAGACGUCGACGGAAGUUGUAGACGCUCUAGAAUGGGAGACUGAGGAGGCUAAAAGGAAAGAGAAGAAGCCGUCGAGGAUUAUCUACAAGCCUGAUGAGACGACCCAAGGCGACGAUAUCUGCUUCACGAGCCCCAGAAAUCGACGGACGUGGCUCGCGGCUUUUGAGGAGCUCGAGGAUAGCUUCGACAGUGCAAUUAAAAGCGGUGAGAAGCGCCCGUCACCCGACAAUUCCGACGCGUGCAAUGCGGAAAGGCCGGAAAACGGGGCCGCGACAGACGCCAGCGAGACUCUUAAAGCCACGGACGCGAAACAAAACCGCCGACGCUGCGAGUCGCCUCCCCCGACCAUUUCAUGCUUAGAGAAUCUCGAAAAACUGUGCAGGCGGCUCAGUCUAGAGCGAGAGAAGUAUUCGGAGCAAAUGUGCACGAUUGACAGACCUUCUCCAGUUGGGAUGGAAGAUAAUAGUUACGCGUGUAGCGAAGAUAAUGAAACGGUCUCGACGUCACCCAUAUCGGAAACGGAAAAUGACAUCACAGCCGAUAAGCCUUACGCUGUGCGAAUGCCAAGGCAGAAAGAGGACAAAGAGAACUCGGGAACUAAGACUCACCACUUGGAUAAUAUAUUCAAGGGAGAUUUAAACCAAAACAAGCCGGCCUUUGAUCACCAACUCGCUGACGGGACGGGAUACGCCUUCAAAGAAAACGGAGGACACGCCUCACCCAAAGAAAAUGAGAAAACAAGGGUGAGAUGGGAUACUAAGGAAACUUUAAAGUUUCAGUAUAUCGAUUCCAAAUUGGAUGAAAUAUUCAGUUCCGUCGAAGAUGAAGUUUCUCACACCACAUAUUCAAAUCUUGUAAAUCAAAUGGUGAAAGGCCAAGCAAAAAUUCAAAUGCGAAGUCACGAUGAUACAUUGUAUGCAAGUGGAAAACAAGUCCAGAAACAGUUAAACGAAAUUCUAAACGGGAUGGACUCCAUGUACGAGUCCUACCUAAAGAAAAGGAAGUCCCUGGACCUCACACACGAGCCCAAGAAUUUUACGGAUCUUAAAUUCCCGGUUCACGAAGAAAAGCUUUUCCAAGCAAAGGCCGAGUCUCAUCCCGCGACUGCCGAGACGAGAAGAGAAUCCAAGAGCGAGCUGGACGCCUUCAGGGACAUCAUCGACAUCUCCGAAGACCUGAAGAACCUGUGUGUGUUCCACGUCAACAAGCCUGGCUGGGACUCCGCCGCCACAGACCCCCACAGCAGGAGCCCGACGCCCCGGGAAGGAGCCGACGUCGAGGCUUCCUUCCCGGACUUCUACGAGAGCGACGGCGCGACUCCGGAGGCUGAGGUGAAGGAGUUUGUCCCCGACGCCAAGCCACGGCACUCGCCCUCGCACGCCAGAGAUCCCUGUAGGAGAUCCUCGAAGGAGUGGGAGGGAGAGGCUGGCGUGGGCUCCUUCUUGGCCACGAUGAAGGAGGAGAACUUGCGCUGCUACAAAGUGACGCUGGAUUACCUGCAGAAGAUCUCGGCCUCGCACGAAGACACGAGGGAACGCGGGAACACGAAAGCGCGCGGAGAUGACGUCAUCACCUUGCCAGCCAAUCAUCGACGUCAAACUGAGGAUAAGGUGAGUUCACCAGCUUGACUUCGCACAGGUGGCAACAGGUGGUAACAAGAACCCUUUUGUCAGAUGGUUGGAGCGGAGAUCAGACCAGCUGGUUGUUGCAGAUGGUGUAAGAUAGUUGCAAUAAUUCCCAUAGCUUUACCGAGCCCAGCUUUAAGUAUGUAUCGAAAGUAAUGUUUAAAAAGAAAUAAACAUAUACAUUUAUAUUUCUACAGUUAUAUAUAUAUGCCAUUAAUAAGAAGCUAUAUUGAUGAUGGAAAUAAAAUAAAACACGAAUACUUAU